AGGGAGAACAGACACAGAAGAGUUGCAUGGCUCUUCUGUAGGGAAAUAUAUAUGUAUAUAUAUAUUUUGCUCACCUAAGUUUUACAGCAUGCGGAAAUUAGGAUUUUUUUAAGUAGAUACUUUGCAGAACAAACCGUGACUGGAGGAAGGAGCAAAGGAUUUUAGGAACACUGUUUGGCUUUUUCUUUCUUUUGUUUUGGUUUGAGGAGCCAUGGCAGCUGGAGUGUUUUUGGACAGAGUGGACAGGCUUGAGCACCCCACUCUGCGUGUGUGUGUCGUCAAAGCCCGUGACCAGCCAUCAGCAUUCACUCACACUAGCCUUUCGUUUACGCUGCGUGUUUGCCCACCGUGCCAGCCUCCGACGCGUUUAAAACAGUACAGGCGCACAGUAACAGGUUCAGGAGCUGAGUGAGGUGCAGCCACCAUCUACUUCCACCGCAUUUACACAGUUUUAAUAUGGGAGAUGAAUGGGAGGAGGAGGAGCAGCUCGUCGUUGUGGAGCUGUCUGGGAUAAUCGACAAUGAACUUCUAACAAAGAAUCGUGGCACCUGCAAAAUACUGGAUAUAGAUAGUGAGAAGCCUAUGAUGCAGAUUGGACACUAUGUGUUUGCUGGGAAAUAUGAAGAUGCUUUGGGGACAUGUGUGCUUUUUGAGGAAGUACCACAAAAAGAAAAUUCCAGCAAAGCUCCUGACCUAAAAUACAUGUGCCAAACUGUGAAGAAACUAACCAUGGAGCGUAUUUUUCUCAUGGAAAAGAAAGAGGGGGAAACUAACACAGGAAGUGAUGCUGAUGGUGAACAGAAAGACACAAACUGUCAGUCUAUUCAAGAGCAAGAUAAAAACCUGCAAAAAUUGACACAAGACAACAUGGACACUGCUUAAAAAUGAAAGCACCUUAUAUAUGCACCAUAAAUUCUAUGUAUGAAAACAGUGGUUGGUUUUGUUUACAUCGGUCCCAAGAAACUGACAACCCAUAAUGAGAACAUUAUAUGCAAGUCGGCAACAGGAAAAGCUGUCUUUGGCUCUGUUACUUUAUUUUUUAUAAUAUUAUUUUUGUUUUAGCUCGCACAUUUUUCAUAGAAUGCAAUCUAUUGUGUAAUUUUUUCCCCCAACCUCAGAAAAAAAUUGUUUUAUUCAAUAAACUAGAUUUUGUAGUAAUGCAAAAUAUUAACUUGAUUUUAGUUUUUAUUUUAAUUCUUUUUUGUUUGUUGGCUGAAUUCAUCAAGAUUCUCCUGUAUAGGAAAGACUUCUAUUUUAGAUUAGUUUGACUACACAACUUUUUUAAAUGCACUGGAUAAAACCCCUUUUCUACAGACUGCAUGUUAUUGGUAGUGUUUCUUGACUGCUGAUUGACAAGCAGAGAUUAAUACUAGUAUUGUAGGUAUGUUCAUUCUAUUAUUUAAAAAGAAAAGUCAAGUUCUCUUAU